AUGUCCAGCUUCAAGUCGCUCGAGCUCUCCCAGGGCUGGCAAUUCCGGGAUGCCAGCGAUAGCAGUCCAGAAGCAUGGCGUAGCGUUUCCAACGUACCAACCGUUGUACACCUCGACCUCAUCAGCCACGGUGUCAUACCCGACCCGUUUGUCGGGAUGAACGAGCUUCAGGUGCAGUGGGUGGGUGAGCGGGACUGGGUAUAUCAGGUCAAGUUUGUGACACCAAAACUUGAGGCCGGCCAACGAUGUGAUCUCCUCUUCGAAGGCCUCGAUACUAUCGCGACUGUCAAGUUGAACGGUGAAACCAUCCUUGAGAGCGAUAAUAUGUUUGUUCCCCAUCGGGUUGAUAUUACGAACCAUUUGGUACCGGAAUCCUGCAGCAUCAUGACGCUUGAUAUCUUGUUUGAGUCUGCUCUGCUGUGUGGGCGGGAGCGUGUUAAGCAGCAUCCCGAACACCAGUUCAUUACACAUCAAACCGAAGCUGGGCGGAGUUCGGUCCGAAAGGCUGGGUAUCACUGGGGCUGGGAUUGGGGUCCUAUUUUGAUGACAGCUGGGCCGUGGAGACCAGUUCGGUUAGAGACCUACACGGCUAGGGUGGAGGACCUUUGGGUUGAGAGCGAAGUAAGCCAAGAUCUGAAGUUAUGUCGAGGUCGUCUUAAGGCCCAAGUUUCUGGGAGGCCAGGAAGUAGCAUUCGCUUCAAGAUUCUGCUCCGGGGUAAUGUGCUUUUGGAGUCUGAAGUAGGUGCUACGGAGAAUGGGUUUGCAGAGACAGAAUUCGUGAUCCAAGACCCAGCAUUAUGGUAUCCGCGCGGAUAUGGCCGGCAGGAUCUGUACGAAAUCUCUGUUAAACUCAUUGACAAUCAUGAGGUACAACAUGAGGUCUCCAAGUUAACCGGGUUCAGGAGUGUAGAGCUUGUGCAAGAGAAAGACAGACACGGCCAAUCCUUCUUUUUCAGGAUUAAUGGUAUUGACACUUUUGCCGGCGGCUCAUGCUGGAUACCGGGUGACAGCUUCUUGCCUCGAUUGACUCCCGAAAACAUCUGGGGCGGCGGGAUCUUUGAACCCUCCACCUUCUACGCCACUUGUGACGAGCUCGGGAUCUUAGUCUGGCAAGACUUCAUGUUUGCAUGCGCUUCAUAUCCCACCUAUCCAUCCUUUUUGUCGUCUAUCGAGGAAGAAGCACGUGUAAACGUCAGGCGUCUUCGCCAUCACCCCUCCAUCGUGAUCUACGCAGGAAGUAAUGAAGACUACCAGAUUCAAGAAAAAUACCAUCUCGACUAUAACUUUGAGACUGAUAAGGAUCCGCAGUCCUGGCUCAAGUCAACAUUUCCUGCCAGGUACACUUAUGAGUACCUAUUGCCGAAGGUUGUAGAGGAAGAAUCAGCCGCGACACCGUACCACCCAACAAGUCCCUGGGGAGGAGGAAAGCAUUCAGCAGAUCCAACAAUAGGAGAUAUCCAUCAGUGGAACAUCUGGCACGGAACAAUGUUGUCUUAUCAAACCUUUCCAGAAGUUGGCGGGCGAUUUGUCAGUGAAUUCGGAAUGGAGGCGUUCCCGCAUCGAGCGACAAUCGACCAAUUUAUUGUGGAUGAAGAUGAGAUGUACCAUCAGUCUCUCACCAUGGACUUCCACAACAAGGCCAGGGACCAUGAGCGACGACUCGGCACUUACAUCCUGGAGAAUUUCCGACUCAAAUCUGAUUUUCAGAUUGCUCAAUCCGACGCUAUGAAAUUUGCGUAUCAAGGCUGGCGCCGACAAUGGGGUCACGACCGUCUCUGUGGUGGAGCCCUGGUUUGGCAACUAAACGACUGUUGGCCGACGACCUCAUGGGCGGUGGUGGACUAUUUUUUGCGAAAGAAGCCUGCAUUCUAUGUCAUAUCGCGGACUUUGGAUCCAGUUGCAGUUGGGGUUUCCAGGGCUCACAAGGAAUGGACAUCUGGGCAUGCCAAGCCUGCAGACUCAACGAGAUAUGAGCUUUGGGCGGUGACCAGCCAUCUGAAGCCAAUCCGCGCUAUGUUAAGCUUACGCUUCAUAUCAAUCCGAACGGGUGCAGAUGUGCAGCCAGAAGUUUCGUACGAGGUUGUUCUCGUUCCAAAUGGUACGACAGAAGUAGCAAGCGGGGAUUUGAGUUUAAAAGACACGGAUGCAUUUGUGCUGAGCGCCACCCUGAGUAUUGAUGAUCAGGUAAUUAGUCGAGACAUGGAUUGGCCGCAGCCUUACAAGUACCUCUCAUUCCGAGAUCGGGGUCUAGAGGUCAAACUUCUUCCUGCAGAGGACGCGCUGUCCGUCACAGUCAAAAAGCCAGUCAAAGGUUUGGUCUUUGAGGAGACAGAUGGCGUUUGGCUGCAAGAUAACGGAAUCGAUAUAUCCCCUGGCUAUGAGCACAUCAUUGCCGUCCGUGGAAUUCGUAGUUCCUCCGAUAUUCCACGUUGGACGUACAUCGGGGAUGAUAGCCUAUGA